AUGUUAACACAGCUGCUAAUAAGAAAUGUUGACACGGGUGCUACUUAUGCUGAGAAUGCUGACACGGGUGCUAUUGCUGGUGAGAAUGUGUACACGGCAUUUACUGGUGCUGAGAAUAUUGUUAACACGGCUGUUACUGUGGCUGAGAAUGUUAACACGGCUGUUACUGAUGCUGACGAUGUUGACACGGGUGAUACUGCAGCUGCAAAUAUUGACACGGCUGCUACUUCUGCUGAAAAUGUUGACACGGCUGCUACUGUUGCUGAGAAUGUGGACACCGCUGCUACUGCUGCUGAGAAUAAUACUGACACUGCUGCUAUUGGUGCUGAGAAUGUUGACACGGCUGCUACUGGGACUGAGAUUGUUAACACGGCUGUUACUGGGGCUGAGAAUGUUAACACGGCUGUUACUGUUGCUGACGAUGUUGACACGGGUGAUACUGCAGCUACAAAUAUUGACACGGCUGCUACUUCUACUGAAAAUGUUGACACAGGUGCUACUGUUGCUGAGAAUGCUGACACGGCUGCUACUAAUGCUGAGAAUGUUGACACAGGUGCUACUGGUGCUGAGAAUGUGGACACGGCUGCCACUGCUGCUGAGACUGUUGACAUGGGUGCUACUGGUGCUGACGAUGUUGGCACGGGUACCACUGCUGCUGCGAAUAUUUACACGGGUGCUACUGUUGCUGAGAAUCUGCUAAUAAGAAAUGUUGACACGGGUUCUACUUAUGCUGAGAAUGUUGACACGGCUGCUAUUGCUGGUGAGAAUGUGGACACGGCAUUUACUGGUGCUGAGAAUAAAAUUGACACUGCUGCUAUUGGUGCUGAGAAUGUUGACACGGCUGCUACUGGGGUUAAGAAUGUUAACAUGGCUGUUACGGGGGCUGAGAAUGUUAACACGGCUGUUGCUGGUGCUGACGAUGUUGACAUGGGUGAUACUGCUGCUGCGAAUAUUGACACGGGUCCUACUAGUGCUGAGAAUCGCAGUUCCUCGUCGGAAGUUGUAUGUGAAAAUUCUCUUGCGGGUAAAGUUUGUGAGAAAGUUGUCAAGUUGGUGUUGGUACCGUGCAGAGUUGUUACCUGA